CCCUCUUAGCCCCUCCCUAUGCGACCCGGAAGGUGAAGCGUGACCCGGAAGCGAGGCGGCUCCCUCUUUCCGGCGAGGCGUCCACGAGGGAAGAUGAAGGCCUCCGGAGCGCUCAAGGAGUACAAGAUCAUCGGGCGUCGCCUGCCCUCCCCCAAGCAGGUGCACCCUCCCCUCUACCGCAUGCGCAUCUUCGCGCCCAACCAUGUGGUGGCCAAGUCGCGCUUCUGGUACUUCGCCUCCCAGCUGAAGAAGCUCAAGAAGUCCGCUGGCGAGAUUGUCUACUGCGGCAGGGUCUCUGAGAAGAGCCCGGAGAAGAUCAAGAACUUCGGCAUCUGGCUGCGCUGCGACUCGCGCAGUGGCACGCACAACAUGUACCGCGAGUACCGCGACCUCACCACAGCUGGGGCGGUCACCUCCUGCUAUCGCGACAUGGGAGCUCGCCAUCGCGCCCGUGCCCACUCCAUCCAGAUCAUGAAGGUGGAGGAGAUCGAGGCCAGCAAGUGCCGCCGCCCAGCCAUCAAGCAGUUCCACAACUCCAAGAUCAAGUUCCCGCUGCCCCACCGCGUGCUUCGUCGCCAGCACAAGCCACGCUUCACCACCAAGAGGCCCAACACCUUCUUCUGAGCGGCGGGGCUCUCCACGCGGCCGCGUGGCGGCCACUCGCGCGUCCGCUGACCGCAAUAAUAAAGAGCUGUUUCAGAAGGG